AUGGCUUAUCAAACAAAAUAUAUAUCAACUGGUGACAGUUCCAAAAGUUAUGGAGUAUCUGAUUAUCAACCUCAAACAAAUAGACAACAACAGAAUUGUAAUUUUCCUGAUGAAAUAAAAAAUCCAGUUGCUACUGAUCUUGUUUUAUAUAAUGAGGGUAAUAGUAAUAAAAGAUCUUUUAAAAAAGGUACCCAUCAACGAUAUGGAGAAGAUCAACAAUUUGUCAAGGGUCCCAUAAUUUUAUCUUCAGGAUUCAAAGGGACAAAUUAUCAACAUGUUUCACAACAAAAUCCAAUUUAUUCACAAUUUCGAAGGACUCGUCAAAAUUAUCUUCCUUCAAAAUUGAAUAGACAAUAUCCAUGGAAUAUCAAUUCUGAUAAUCCAAAAUCAAUUGAAUAUAAUAAAGUAGGUAAUGGUUGUAGACCACCUUUAAAUCAUUCACCUGUAACUGAGAAAAUUGUUACACGAUGUUGUUGUUGUGGACGUAAUAGAUUGUUGGAUGAAAAAAAUAGUUAUUAUGGAGGAAAUUUUGACAAACAAACUAUUUCUCAUCAAAAUUUGGAAAUACCAAAACAAUAUUUUAGAAGUAAUGAUAAUCUACCAGAACAUCGUAUUGUACAAUAUAAUAGACAUGAAUUUGUAAUACCAGAUAGAAAUUUUUGUAGUAUUAGAGAAGUUGCUCAGGAACAUGUAUAUACACAAUUUAAUAAUCAUAGAAAUAUUUGUGUAAAGCAAUCUUCUUCUCCAAAUUUAAAAGUAUAUUCAAGAUUUGAAGGAUCAUCUGAAAAUUUAAAAAAAAAAUCAACAGUUAAUAAUUUAUCACAUAAUUCAAUCUUUGAUGAUAUAACAAAUAAUAGAAAUUCACAAAUGUGUCGAUCUCCAUCACCAUUAUUAGCUAGAAGGCAAAUUUCUUCAGUUUCAAAUACAAAUAUUGAACGUUCACGUGAAUCUAACUAUUUAGUUAAUGAAGAUAGUGAUAGGCAUCAUCCUAAUACAAAUAAUUCUGAAAAUCCUUUUUUAAUUUCAUUUUUGGAACAAUAUGAUAGUGGAAGAGAAUCUGAUUGUUUAUCUGAUACAUCAUUAGAUAUUGAUACUCAAGAGUUGUGUCGUUUUGUGGCUGAUGAAUUAAAAAGAUAUUCUAUUUCACAAUCAACUUUUGCUAGAAAAGUUUUAAACAGAAGUCAAGGAACUUUAUCAGAUAUGUUACGAAAUCCAAAACCUUGGAAUCAACUGAAAACGGGACGAAUAACAUUUGUAAGAAUGCAUGAAUGGUCAUGUUUACCUGAAAGAGAAAGAUUUCGAAUUCUAGUUGAAGGUGGUAAAUUUAUGGCUCCAGAACGUAGAAGAAGGAUUAGGUCAAAAAAUAGAAUUUCUAAAGUAAAUAUUGAAACAGACGAUAGAACAAUAAGGGAAAAUGAAUAUGAAACAGUUACAAAUAAUAUUUAA